CCCUCAGAAUCAGCUGGGAUGUUCGGCGGGGUGUUCAAAGGUCUGUUCGGCGGCGACGGCAAAAGCGUGGCGGAAAAGGAAUCCGCACAUACCAUCAUGGCAACCGGGAAGGGGAAGAUGGCGAAAAUGGAAGCAGAACAAAACAUCAGAGCGACUCAAGGCAGCGUCCUGUCGAGAAAAGAAGCGGAGCACGGCAUCCUGGCAUCUCGGGGAGGAAGUCUGGCGAAGAAGGAGGCAGAACAUGGCAUCAUGGCGAGCCAGUUGAAAACAAUUUCGGAAAAAGAAGCCGAACAUAGCAUGAUGGCAAGCAUGGGGCAAAAACAGCCAGAAUCAACAGGAGUCUUGGGCGGGCUGUUCGGUGGUAUUUUCGGCGGCGGCGACGGAAAGAGCCAGGCGGAGAAGGAGGCCGAGCACAGCAUCAUGGCGAGUCAAGGGCACGCCGAUGCAGAACCAGGUUUCCUGUCAGGGUUGUUUUCCUGGAAUUCAGCGCCCGCUGACCGUAAGAAUAAGGGUCGACGAGAGUCCAUCCUUGGAUCGCUGGGAUUCGACGACUCGUCGUGUUCGUCAUCGUCAUCGGAUGACGAGGACGGCAUCAUGACGUCACUGUUCUCGGCGGUGGGGCUGGGCGGCGGGAAUGACACUACGCGCAGGAAACAUGGACAUGGCGGCCAUCAGAAACAAAGGGGACGGCAGGGCUCGGACGCUAUGAAGUCAGCGUGGGCAAAACGAGAGAGGGCUGGUGGAGCUAAGAAAGGGGGAGAAUCUUCCAUCUUUGGCUUUCUCGGUUUUGGAGGAGAGAGCGACGCUCGUCAGAGUAAGCACAGUCAUCGUCACAAGGGAAGGCCGCCUAACGCAGCGGCGUCACCCCAGCUUCCCUCCAUCUUUUCAGCAUUUCAACCAAAAUAAGGCGAUGGAGCAAAAGGGACACUGUGACAAUGUCGUGCUCGUCUUCAGUGGGAACUGACUUCACAAUGUUUAUAUGAAUUGAAAAGUAUCCUGAUAGAUUAACCUUUUGUCUGAAAAGAUACUCCUUGCCUGUGUACACGUUAAAAGUAGGAGAAAUACCCUUAACACUUUUCGACCGUUGGAAUGAAUGGUGAAAUCGUGCAGUUGGUGAAGAAAUUACAGCACAUCCUCC